AUGGAAACUACACUCAUAGAUGUGCAUGAUCAUGAAUCAAAUUGCGUGAAGCCUCAAAACGAGUAUUCGCAAGACACAAAGCACGGAGGUAACACUCGGGUAUCGAUUUCGCGCACCGAUACCCCUAUGACGACAGUCAUAUCGCGUCCAUCUUCCUCGCAUGUCCCUCCGAAUGAUGGAUUGCGCGUUUCAAAGCGUCGCCGUACACAUUCCCGAAAGUCCAUCGGCCGCAAGCCUUCAGCACCUCGCCCCGCCGAUAAUGAGAAUUCGCAGUUGACAGAAGAUGACCUCUUCCAAAUCCUGAUAACCCGGAUCCGACAACGUGAAGAGGAUACUGUUGCUGCUGCAAAUUUGCGUAAGCAAUUGGAGGCUACUGCUUCACAGCUGGCGGAGGAGAACGAAGCUUUGAGGGCGGAGCUCGAGGCUUAUGGGGCUCAACUGCAGAAGAAAACACUCGACUCAAAGACAUACAAGGCACAGAUGACCACCUGGAAGACGAAACUUGGGAAGUUCAAACACGUCCUUAACGUCUUGGGAACCGACUAUCAAAAUCUCCGAGGGGAGUCAAUUCAUCUCAAAGCAACCAGGAGCGCUUUGGACAAGGAGGGCAGAGAGUUAAGGAGCAGUAUUGACGACAUUCGAGCGCAAAUCUCCAAAGUUACCACCAGUGCUGGCGAGAAGAAGAAUCAUAUCCUGGAGUUCGAAACCAUUAUCAAUACACUGAAGAACGAUCUGAAGCAUUCCGAUGAGAAGGCUAGGUCCGUAGAAAAUCAAUUGCACGAUGAAAGGAAGAGAGUUAUGACGCUCGAGUCAUAUAUCCAGUACCACUCUCUUGCUCAAGAAAAACAGCUUGGGCUUAUCAGGGCCGAUCAUCUUGGAAUGAACCAGAAGAUGGAUUCGGCAUUUGAGGCAAUGGCAAAGCUAUGGGAAUCCUCCCAAGUCGCCAUCAAGUCGAUCAUGAGUCCGACUAUGGAUAAGUGUCUGCUCGCUAUCAAUGCCUUGGGCGAAAAAGAAUCGAUGGACAACGUAGAAAUCCAGAAAUUUGCAGAUACCAUCAAUGGAUUCAUAUCACGAAUGGAUAUGGUCAUACCUCAAUUGACAAAGGAUUUCGAGAGAAAUUCCGAAGCAAACGACAGGGUCAGAACGUUUUUUAAAGAACAGCUCCAGAACAUCGCGAACCGAUUCGGCGCCGAUUGUGACCUUUACAAGCAUUUUUCUGCGAUCAAAGAAGCAUGCGGAAGCCUGCAGAAGAAGCUUGAGAUAAUGGGACCGGACGUUUGCACUCUCAAUGCAACGAUUCUAGGGGUUGAAGAGAAAGAAAGCGGGCUGAUGCGACAGAUCGAAGAGUUCGAACGAAGUCUAAUCGAAGCUCGCGAAAUCGCAAAGCAAGCCCCCACACUUCCAGAAAACGAAGAUUGUUCAGCGACGGUGGAAAUCACGUCUCAACUGGAGAAGAUUUCCGAAGAACUGAGAAUAGCACAGGACGCUCUUCAGACCAAAGACACGGAGAAUGAGCUUGUGAAUCAUUCGUUGCUCAGGACUACCGAGGCACUCCAGGAAGCAGAAACCAGAACGGCACUGUAUGAGGCUGAAAUUCGCUCACUGAAGCAACAAGCCCAAUCUGUCGAAAGCAAAGUUCGCGAAGAAUUGAACAGGGCAAGCGUCAUUGCUCGUGACCAGAACAGAGCGAGAUUCGAACAACAGCUGCAUGAAAUUUUGAAGGAGAAGGAAGCUGUCGAGAAAGACUUGGAAAAAACGAAAGAGCUUCUUGCCACAGUUCAGCAGUCGCAGCUCCAGAAUGAUGCCUUGAUGGAACAGCAUCAAAAGGAGAUGGAAUUUCUGCUUUUGGCGAAGGAGCAAGAAGUCGAGACUCUCCGAACUAGCAGUAAUGAAAAAGAUUCCAAAUAUCUAGCACAAGAUACCGAAUUGGCAAGGCUACGUGAGAUAGAGAGCUUUUAUACGAACCAGCAAGAUUUGUUGCGGGAGGAAAUCAGUGAAGCCAAUCAAAAGAUAACAACCCUUGAAGCUGAAAUAGCCCUGAACAAAGUCGAUCAGUUGGCCUUGCAAGAGCUCGAGAAAAAAUUCUAUGAACUCCAAUCCGAGCUCUCACACAAAGAAGAUGAACGUUCAUCGAUCCACAAAGAAUUAGAGACUAUCAAUGCAGCAAAGUCGGCCCUCGAGUCCGGUAAAGAGAAAGCAAAAGGAGAGAUCCACGCGCUUCUCCUGAGGGUUCAGGACUCCGAACGGUGGAUGAAAACUAUCAAAGGAAAACUGGAAAAUUUCGGUGUUUCAACAUCGACAGAAUCAUUCCCGGAGACUUGGCGUAAGCUGGAGGCGUUGCUGCAAUCGGCUAUCGCCAGCGGUUUCCCGGAUCCUACUUCGAAUGUCUCUUUGCAACAGGUCAGCUGUAUGCCCGCUGUCGCUUCGACGCCUCGUAAGGGGGGCGAAAGUCCAGCCGAGCGGUUCGUUCAGACUACUGAAGUGAUAUACCGAACCCAUAACAUCCCAAGGAGCGCGUAUUGCUCCCCAACAGGCCGUGAUUCUUUUCAGUCUGGAGGAGGCAAUGGUACGAUCGAGACUCUGCCAGACUCGCAGAUGUCGACCAAUAUCGUCCCAUUUUCGAGCUUCCAGACGCAAUUGUCGCCUGUGCACUGUUCGCCUAACCAGGAUGAUCAUGAUGCUAGUGAUUUUGCGAACAUUCUGACGCAAAUUCCUCAAAAAGAGCACCUUGCGAAGGAAUCUAACAAUCUUGCCAACAAGGAUCGAAGUGAACGGUCGUCCAGUUCAACCACGGAGAAAGAUGCAAAUUCGGUGUCGCAUUGGGAUCGUACGGAUGGAAGUCGCACGAACAAUGGCCAUCCGAAGACCUCCGAAGUUCGAACGCCAGUAGCCAACCCGAAGUUCAAGAACGGUGCUUACGAUCCCCGCGGUAUCAAUAAUAUUGGUGACAAACACAAGGCUGUCACUUUUGAAGACCAGAAGAUUGCCAAUACCGGGUCCAAACGUCGCACGCCAGAGUCUUCGUAUCGAGAGAUCCCGGAUAGAUCUGCUGAAGGUUUCGAAAGAAGACCAGUGCGUCAGAACCGGCGAACGUACAGCAGGCAUCGCCAGACAUCCCCGAUGCGAGAGCAAGCCGGACAACAAGAGGAUAUGCGUGUUGAUGGGGAACUCCCGUACAAUGGAAAUAAGAGAGCACGAGUGUCUACCGGGUCUAAUUACUCUAAACCGCAAAGACAGACGCAAGAUGCCCCCGAACCGGUUGAACGCAGACUAAGUCCUGCGAGUCUGGCUUCUGGAUGCAGCAGGCAGAACACUGCGAAUGAAGACAUUGCCAAUAAACGUUGGGCGGGACGGAGUCAGAAGCGGCUUGGACGCAAGACGCGAGGUGAGCGAUAUAGUGCCCGGUUCAGCGGAAACGGCCGCGCUCGUUGA